CAAGUACUAAGUAAGAAAGUAUCAUAAUAUGAGUACAGAAGGAAGUCUAAGGCGUCUGAGACGAAACAUCCAUAAAUCCACUGAAAGUUAUCAAGAAUCGUCUGAUUCUGAGUCUGAGUCGGAUCCAGAUCAUCUGGAUAAUGAUGUAGCUUAUACUUUUGGUAGUAGCACCAAGACGAAAAGGAAUAAGCAACCAUCUAAGAAAAGUAAGAAUAAAAGUAAAAGUAGAAGUACAAGUAAAUCAAGUUCAAAUGUUCGAAAGUCUCUCGAACAAUUAGAAGAAGAAUUACAAGAAAAUGAAUUAUAUUUAUCACUUGCUCAACCCGAAAUUGAUAUAGUUGAUAUUGCCAUUGAAUGGGUUGAUACAGUUAAUCAAGAUUUAAAUGAAGGAAUUGAAACUAUUAUAAAUCUUAUCUUAAGAAGUUGUGGAUCUCUUCACUUAUUUCAAGCUCAUGAUUUAAUUAAUUUAGAAUCAGCAUCAGAAACUGUAGCUGAAUUAACAAUAGCCUUUGGAGAUCAACAAGCUCAUAAAUAUCCCUUUAAAACUUUAUCAAUAUUUAGAAAGAAUGUUCUUGAUUUCUUCGAACAAGUUAUUCAAAUCUCCCAUGAUAGAGGAUUAUUAUAUCUUGAAGAUCAACAACAACAACAACAUAGUUUAUCAUCUCCUAUGAUGAUUCAACUUUUAACUUGGAUUUCAACGUUAAGUUCAUGUACUAUUCGUCCAUUAAGAUAUGUAUCAACAAUAAUUCUUCUUAGUAUUCAAGAUCGUUUAUGUCAUAUAAUUAGUAAAGUGAAUUCUUCAUUAGAAAGAUCUCAACGUCAAUUAUCUACUACUAAAAAAUCAAAUAAAGCUAAAUAUAAUUCAAUUUCUAAAACAAUUAAUAAUUAUCAUUUUCAAAAAAAUACUAUAAUUGAAUAUUUUAAUGAAAUUGGUAAUAUUACUUUAGGUCAUAGAUAUCGAGAUAUUGAUCCAUUAAUUAGAAUUGAAUGUAUUAAAUAUUUAAGUCAAGCCAUGAUUAUUUAUCCUGAUCAUUUUUUUCAAGCAACUUUCUUAAGAUAUUUUGGUUGGUUAUUAUCUGAUCCAACUAAUACUGUUAGAGUUGAAAUAACUAAAGUAUUAUUAAAAUUAUAUAAACAUAAUACUUCGAAUUCAAUGAUAAUUGGAUUUAGACAAUUUACUGAAAGAUAUAAGAAACAAAUUAUUAAAAUGAUAAAUCUUGAUUCAGAUAUUAAUGUAAGAUUAAAUUCAAUAUCAAUAUGUUGUGAAUUUCAAAGAUUUGGAUUUAUAGAUCAAAUUGAUAAUGCCGAAGUUAUUAAUUUUUAUUAUCAAUUAAUAACUGAUUCAUCUAAAAAAGUUUCAAAAUCAAAUAAUUUAAAACUUAAAAGUGAAUUAUCAAAAUAUAUUAGUAUUGCAAAUAAUCAAUUAGUUAAUGAUUUAAAAGAAAAAUAUAGUAUAUUUAUUCAAAAUUAUAAAUGUGAUAUUUUUGAUAUUCAAGAUGAACAAAUUAAAAUUGAUAAUUGUUUUAAAAUUAAAUCAUUAAUUGAAUUAUUACAUAAUUCCCAACAAAUAUUUAUAAGUUCAUUAAAUAAUUCCGAAAUUGAAUUGGAAUUCUAUAAGGAUUUUGAAGCUAAGAAUGUAAUAUCAAUUGUUUUUGAAUCUUUAUAUCAAUUACCAUUUUAUCACAAUACUUUAGAAUUCUUAAUUCAUUAUUUAUUAUUAGAUGUUUCUUCACUUAAAUUUGAAAGUUUAUCAAAUAAUUUACAACAAGAAGAAUCUGAAAUUGAAGAAUUUAAAAAAUCCAUUGAUUUAUCAAAUAAUGAAAUUGAAAAUCGUCAAUAUUUAUUAGCAUUUAUUAAAGGUGCAUUAGAUAAUUUACUUGAUAAUCCAAAUAAAUCAAAGAUUGAUGAAUUAUCUUCAACAACAUUUGUUCGAUUAGCAGAAUAUAUUCCUAAUAUUUUAUCAAUUUCAAUAAAAUCUCCUAAACUUUUAAGUAAUUUCUUACAAAUUUGGAAUAAAUUAAUUUAUUUAGAAGUUGAUGCAGUUAAUAUUUCCACAGUAUUUGGUGGAUUAAAUAAAAAGGAUUCAUUUAAUGAAAUUAAUAAUAAAUUACUUGAAUAUUUCGAUACUUUUAAUUUUCAACAAGAUGUUGAUAAUGAAUUAAUUAAAAGAUUUGAUUUAUUUUUAAAUAGAUUAUUACAAGAUUAUAAUAAACCAGUGAGUAAUAUUAAUCUUAUUAGUUCUGAAAUUAGAGUUAAUGUUCAGAAAUAUAUAAGACAAAGUAUUGAUGCAAUUAAGAAUAGUUUAAAUUAUAUUCCUGAUGAAAAUAAUCAAGAUCUGACUUUAAAUGAUUAUGAUGAAGAUUUUAAAACUCUUAAAAUUACCAUUAGUUAUUUGGUGGAAAUUUCAGAACCAAUAUUUAAAUUAAGAAAAUAUUCUGAUUAUAUUAAUUUAAGUGAAAAUUUUCCAGAUGUGGAUUUAUUAAUUGAUUUAAUUACUUAUAGAAUUAUAUCAGUUUUUGAAAUUAAAUCAUUUUUCAAUUCUGAAUCUCUGGUUCUGUAUUUUAAUUUAACAUAUCCUAAAUUAAUUAAUAAUUUUAAAAAUAUUCUUGAUUUUAUAUUAAUUGGUACAUCUUGGAAAAUAGAAAAAUUAAUUGAAAUAAAUGAUAAAGAACAACAAAAGAGAUUUGAUAUCGAUGUGGAAUUUAAUUAUUUAUUUGAUAUUAUUGAAAGUAUUCUGAAAGUACUUGAUAAGAUAAGUCAAGGUAUAAAGAUUGCCUUAGAAAAUAUUAAUAAAUUUUCUAAUGAAAAUGAAAGUAUUGAUAAAUUAUAUUCUUUGAAAACUUUAUUUGCGGUUAAAUUAAUUGAUUUAUUAGUAUCGGUUAAAAUCUUCUAUAUAAAGAAUAAUGAAGAUAAUGCCUUUAAUAAUUUUAAUGAAUUCUUUACAAAUCCAAAAGAAAUGGGUAAAUUUAUAUCAGAAAAGAUCCCCUCUGAAGUUCAAUUUCAAUUAUUAGAUAAUUUUCUUUACAAGGAAUCUAAAUUAGCUAAAAAUUUACUGAUCGAUUUGGAUAGAGAUGAUGAUGAAGAUGUUAAUUAUAAUGAUUUAGUAGCUGAAUCACAAACAGUUUCUCAUGAAGAAAAUCAAAGGAGUAGUAUCUUUGAUGAUUCUGAUAAUAGUGAUGUAGAAAUGGGAACCCAUGAAAAAGAAGAUAGUAUUGAAAACAAUCAUGAUUCAAAUAAAAAUGGACAAGAGAAAGCUAAAGAAUUAUGGAAAUCCGAAAAGGAAUUAUGUGUAUAUAUUGUUAAAUUAUUUUCAUUAAUUAAUUCGUCUAUUGUACAUUCCAAAAUUCGAGACAGAAUUAAUCUCAAUAGUCAUAAAAUUGGUGGUAUUUAUGAAAAAUUAGUUAAAAGUGAAGAAGCCAGUAAAGAAAUUGAAAAUGGUAUAGAACAACAACAAAAAGAAAAUACAACGUCAGCAAGUGAUGUAACUAAUAAUAAUAAUAAGAAUAAUAAUCUGGUAGCUCAGGAGUUCCCAGGAGAUAUAUCAAUAUCUCAAACGAAUAUUCCUCAAGUAGAAGCAACAUAGCAACAUAUAUCAGAUUAAUCAGAUGAGAUUAAUUCUGGUUUAAAGUUUAGUACCUCCUAUGAACGGCUUUAGUAUUCGUUUACUAUUGGAUAGAAUUGCUCAAUAUAUAGAAAUAAAUAGUUAAUAUUGGUCAAAAUAAACUAUUUUACUAAAAUGGGCCAAGAAUUGUA